AAAUUUCCAUUAAAUCAAAAAUGAUAACCCAUCCAGGUUCCACAAAGAAGAGCAAAAAUACAAACGUCAGAUUCAGAUUUCCUUCAAUUGACAAAAGAUUUCUUCCGAACAACAAUUUUUCCAAGAACAAGGAGCAUACUCAUGGAUCAAUAAUGCACCAUUCACCAAAGCAUGAAGAAAGCAUUUUAUCAAAAUUCAUGAAUAACUGAUCUCCAAAGGGAAAUCUCUCAACUAGUUCAGUGAUAAGUUCGGGCACUCCCCAGUCUGGAAAUCAAAAUAUUUCACAAUCCUAUUGAGAUGAUACCAAAUUCAAAGAUAAUGAAGUAUUAAAAAUAAUUUUCUCUAAAAAUUAUGUCCUUGAAGGAAUCAAAAACAGAUACAAAGGAUUUGGUACAAGGAGUAAUAAAUCAGUCCCAGAAAUUGAUAAUAAACGAACUAAUGUCUUAAUCAAUAGUCAAAAAUGCACAUCCAAGCCUCUGAAACCUCUCAGGCCUUUGAGAGACUACGUAGAACAAUCUCAUAAUAGAGCUAACGCAAUAUCCGAUAACUCUCUCAACUUACUUAACAAAACGACUGAAACGACUGACGAAAAAUUCAAACUCCAAAAGACAAACCAUAGCAAAUUUAAAAAGAAGAAAGAAUCGCUACUCCUGAAGUAUAACAGAAGAUAUGAGCCUCUCCAAAGUCGAGAUAACCAAGGGAUCCUUCCUCGGAGGUACUAAACCACAGUCCUUCCACAAGUUUAGAACUUAUGGUGACUAACCGUCCUGGCAGAUAGAAAUGUACCUGGGAAUAAGUAUUACCUCGGUGGAUAGUACACUCCCAGGUGUUUUAGAAAGCUGUUUUGAGGCGAUUGGUAGUAACAUGAGUUUUGGGUAUGAACAUUUCGUUCAUAAAUUAGGAAAUAUUUCAUCUUUGUUCAACAU